AUGGAAUUCCCUCUGAAACCCUUCCUUGGCUUCUUAUUCGGACUGCUAUCAGGCAUCAGUCUGAUCUUAAACCUCAUCACCAUCAUCGCGGUGUUUCGGCUGGCAUUUUGUAAACGGAAGAAUCCAGUUUACAUUGUGUCGUUUUUCAACAUUUUGUCAGAUGUUUUUCAAGUGAGCGCGGCUACUUUCUACUCGGCACCGUCUAUUAUUACCAGUUCUUUCUUGACAAGCUUUUCCAAAACCAACACAUUAAACACAACAUUAAGCUCUAUUUUUCUCUUCCUUUGGUACUUCGAGACAAUUCUCCAGGUGGUCAUGGGGCUCAACAGAUACGUGAUAAUUUGCCUGCAAAAGCAUAAAAUAUUCACAUUCCGUACUACAAUUUUGCUCAUUGUGCUUUCGAUCCCAGUUUCUCUGGGUUUCAUGUUCAAAUCACAGUAUUGGAAUCUGUGCUGCACAUUUGUUUAUGAUCAUAAUUACCUCUCCUACUCGUACAAUGUGAUAGAAGGAGUUGCAAACUCGUCGAACAACUUUGAUGUUCCUUUAAACGCUCUCAGCUCUGUGGUUUCGGCGUUUUUCUACGUUAUGAUAUUCUGGACAGUUCACAAAUCGACGCCCAACUCAUCAACUGGUGAAGAGCAAAAAUUACGGAGGGAGCGAGAUGUCAAAUACGCCUUCCAAUUCUGCCUUCUUCUGAUAUUUUACAUCUGCGCAUGGUCCCUGUUCCGAAUUCUGCCCCUAAUCAUCGCAAAUCAUGGAAUCGAGUGGUUUGUGUUGAUUCCAAUGUUUUACACAUUGAAUUGCACUUCCAAUGCAAUAAUUUAUUUGGGAUUCAAUAGCGAGGUCCAGGAAAACUUAAAGCCUCAAAAACUGCAAUCCAUUCUUCGCAUUCUAAAAUUUAUGAAGCCUGAACCAUCCUUUCAAGACGUCAGUUUGGCAAACGCGACGAAUGCAUCAAGUGUCGCUCCGAUCCGCCACGUUGCACUACGAUUUGUUCCAAAAAAAAUUCACCAGCCAUUUCGAUCGAUUGGAGUUCGAGAGGGACCAUAA